UCCCCCCGUGCCCGGCCGGCGGCGGCGCCCGCCCCAUGCGCCGCUGCUGCCCGGCGCUCUGCAUCCGCACCGCCUUCGACGCCACCGCCAUCGACGCCACCGCCGACAUCUCCGCCGCCCUCGCCCCCGUCCCCGGCCCGCCCGCCGCCGUGUCCCGCCCGCCGCUGCUGGUGCUGGUGCUGCUGCAGCGCCGCCCCGCGCCGCCCGCCCCCGCGGCCCCGCCGCACAAGAUGGCGGCCGGAGGGAGCGGCGGCCCCGGCGGCCUCUCCUCCUCCUGCCCGCAGCCGCCGCCGCCCCCGCCGGGCAACGGGGCCGCGGCCGCCGCCUGCACCAACGGCGCGCCCGCCUCGCCGCCCGGCCUCACCUACAACCAGAGCGGCGCCGCCAACCCGCCGGCGGCCAGCGGAGGCGCGGGGGGCCCGGCGGCGGCGGGAGCGGCGGGGGCGGCCGGCGGGGCGGGCGGUCCCGGCGGGGCGCUGCAGCGGGAGCCGGUGUACAACUGGCAGGCGACGAAGCCAACGGUGCAGGAGCGGUUCGCGUUCCUCUUCAACAACGAGGUGCUCAGCGACGUGCACUUCCUGGUGGGGAAGGGCCGCGGCUCGCAGCGCAUCCCGGCGCACAGGUUCGUGCUGGCCGUGGGCAGCGCUGUCUUCGAUGCGAUGUUUAAUGGUGGGAUGGCCACAACCUCUACAGAGAUUGAGCUGCCUGACGUGGAGCCUGCUGCCUUCCUAGCUCUGCUCAAAUUCCUUUACUCAGACGAAGUUCAGAUCGGACCAGAGACUGUUAUGACAACACUUUACACAGCUAAGAAAUAUGCAGUUCCAGCCCUUGAAGCUCAUUGUGUGGAGUUUCUUAAAAAAAACCUCCGAGCAGACAACGCAUUCAUGCUGUUAACUCAGGUGGUUCCUUCCAGAGUGUGAGCUGGGGAUGGAGUUAACAGGGUGGAAAGAUUUCAUCUGCCAAGAAGAAAAGUGGAAUGUGAGGAUUUCCGUGUGUUACAGAAUCAGGACUGGUAAUGCUGAGCUUUCUCUGGCUGCUCAGCCAUUCCUUGAAGGACUUCUCUGCAAUACAUUCCCUGAAGUGGGGGUGAAAGAAAACUUUUUCCUGAGUGCUUUGGUUUAUUUUCCUGGGAGAGGAGCAAGGUACUCUCUUCCUCAGCCUCCUGCACUGAAGGCUCAGAGACCCAGAGUGUCAGAGCAGCUGUUCCUUGGCCCUGGGUCUGAUCCAGUCUCUGAGGGUUGGGCUCCUCCACCUUCCAUUUGACUCUUGAAGCAGCAAAAUAGGAGAUAAUGUUUACAACUUCUGCUUAGUUUGGAAAAGAUCAGACUUUGCAUCCAGGUUGAUUAAAUGAGCAUUACUGUUGUCCCCAUUUCCCAGCCCUGUCUUCUCUCUGAUGCCAUAUUGAUGACAUCCAUAGUGAUGUCACCUGUGUGGUGGAGUCUGGCAUUGCCAGGGACACCCUGUUCUGGGAGCUGUAGGAAUAAGAAACACACAGGCAUUGUGUGUGAGUUUCUUUCCUUAAGGGAAUGGCAGCCUGGAGUGGCUCUGGAGGGAUAUUUCUCAUCAGCCAGCUCAGGAAAGCUGCUGUGAUGUCUGAUGUUAA